AUGUUUUCUUAUUUAUUAAUAAUAAUUGGUGACAAAGGAGUCGGAAAGACAACAAUGAUUUAUAAAUUUUUGGAGAAAGAUGAAGUUCCUAAACCAACAAUAACUUUAGAUUAUUCAUUCGGUCGAAAAGCCAAUAAAAAUCUCUCGAGAGACUUGAUACACAUUUGGGAAGUAGGUCAUCUAACGGCAUCAAUAAUAAACGCAGGACUAGUCGGUGCAUCAACACAAUUACAAAGUAAAAUAACAACAAAACCAAAAACAGAACCGACGUUUAUUAUUAUGCUGAAUUUAAUGGCAACAAAUACAAUAUGGUUGUCACUGGAAACAUGUUUGAAUGCAGCAUGGGCGGCUAUAAAAAUUUAUUAUGACGAUACAGCUAUUGAACAAAUGAAACAUCAACGUCUCAAAGAAUUGGAAGCCGCUGCAUCAGGAAAUGUCGAUGGUAAAUUUAUUAACCCAUUUCCAUUAAAAUUGUCAAUUAUUGGAGGGCAAUAUGAUAAAUUUAAAAAAUUAGAUUUUGUGACUAAACAAACUAUCGGAAGAAUUCUCAGGGGUAUUGCAUACAAUUUAGGAGCUGACUUGCAGUAUUAUUCAUCAAAAGAAGGAGCUCUGAUACGUAAAAUGAAAGAAUUAAUGUCGUACUAUGGAUUUAAUCACCAGCGAUCGAAAGAAUGUAUUUACGAUUAUAAUCACGCAUUAUUGAUACCUUCUGGUACGGUUGCUGAUGACGAUUCUGUAGCAAACUCAGCGAUUGUCGUUGACAAAAUAAAACGUAUUUUUUUAACGAAUCCGAAUAUUAAUAAUCAUAAUAACAAUCAAAUAUUAUUAUUAAAUAAUGACCAGGAAUCAUUAAAUGAUAAUUCGAUCGAUGAUCCUAAUUUUAAUGAAGCUGUCAUUGAUCACUUAAGAUCUCAGCGUAAUGAGGAAAUAGAAAUAAAUUUA